CCCCACUCCCAACAUGGCGGGCGUGGACAUAGAACCAGCCGCUGUCUUCCUGACUCUGGCAGGAGGGGUGGUGAUCAAAUACAUAUUGUCAGCGAUCGUGGGUUCAAGGAGGAGAGAAUAUGAGUUGGUGGGGGAGGUGGCAAGUUUAACAUGCUACCCGAUCAAGUCCUGCAGAGGUUUCACAGUGGAGAGCGGAUACUGCACGAAUCUGGGUCUUCAGGUUGCAGGCAGUGUUAUAGACAGACACUGGGUGGUGACUGACGCCAGCUACAACAUGCUGUCCUCCAGCCAGAUGCCCACUCUGGCCCUGGUCAGCACCGCGUGUAGGGAUGGACAGCUGAUCGUCGACGCUCCGGACAUGCCGACUCUCACGUUGUCCACGUCGCCAGUCGUCGAUAGCAGCAAAGUUGUCAAUGUUGUCAGCAGCCAGCUGGUUCAGCAAGUACCUGGCCAGGGACGGGGUCAGGCUGCUCCUUCAAAAAGAGGGACAUCACUCAGCCCCCUGGGGUUUCGGAAGAGGCGACAUCACACAGGAGAAGAAACCCUGGGUGGGUGGUGGAUAGCUAUAGCUGGCGACCAGGCCGCGUACAGCGACUUCUGCGCCUACCUGCUGAUGUCGGAGACGUCCCAGGACGCUGUGAACCAGCAGCUGCAGCAGCCCAUUUCCCUCGACCACUUCAGACCAACCAUUGUAGUGAAGGGAAGCAGACCAUACGACGAAGACGAGUGGCAGUCGGUAAAGAUCGGCAACGAGGCCAUUCUACGAACCCUGUACUGUACUCCGAGAUGCAUAAAAGUAAACAUUGAUUUCAAAACCGGCAAACGGAUAAAGGAAAAGAAGCCUCUGGACCUUCUACAGACGAUCCGCUGUGUUCCGCGGUUUGGGAGGUCGCCCAUUCUCGGGAUCAGCUCGGCACUUGACCAGGGCGGCAGGGUUCAGGUGGGAGACCCCGUUUACGCCAUCCGGGCAUGAUCAUGGGUAGCAGAAUGUGUGCACAGGUUCCUGGCUGUGCUUUAAUAGACGGAUGCUGAGAAUACAUUAUUGUGCUCUUUUCUUACGGAAUACCACGUCGUGCACCCAGAAAAAUGAUUAGUGAAACAUAAUUGUCAAAUUAAUUUUUAUAGAAUAAAAAUCUGAUCAUUGUACGCUUAGAUAACAACACGAGAUGAUUAGUGAAAGGUUGUGUUCAUGAUGGUUAUAAGGAUUAAUUGUAACAAAACCUGGUUGAACAUUGAACAAGUCCAGUUAUAUUUCCGAAGAUAUCACCUUCUCUUUCACACAUAUUUCCACUGUCGACAUAUGUGUUUAUGUUAUGUAUGUUUACUACUGGACUGUGUCAAUAUUGCUUAUACCAACUAUUCUAGAGCAUUUGUUUCAUGUGAACCCUUUCAAGAUUGGGUGUGUUGUCUGUCCGCCUGUCAACUAUCGCCUUUCCCUUACCAGCUGCAGGAAUGAACCAAAGAUUUGUACAAAAAUAAAUCAAUCUUUAAAUAAUC